AAAACUAUGUUGCCAUGUAAGAACACGCAGGCAAUUAACUAGAGUAGUGCUAAAAAGAAGAACAACUUCGUGGAAAACCUACUACCAAAUGGAUUCCUUCAGGUCCUAUCUUAGUUAAGCUCCGGCAUCUGCUCUCUCUUAUUCGUCAUGCCCUACAGCUGGCCAUUAACUCCUUAUGUUUUUUCUUUUCCAUUUUCUUCUUAAGCCUUAUCCCGCACUACUGUUUUGCUGUUCUUUCUACCAGGCUACCUGAUAUUUCAUAAUUUUCAAUGACCUGACAGUUGACUCUCGAAAGUAACUCUCAUAUGUAGAAAAAUAGAAGGGGAUGUGCGUGCCUUGCUGGAAGGGAUUGUCACUUGUGAGAUCCGCAGUUUUAAUUCAACAGGUCUUGUAAGAUGUUCAUGUUGAGGCCAAAAACAGGUAAUAUUUUCCUCAUUUCUGGUGGGUGGCUAUGCUUGUUGGAGUCUUGAUUUAGAAUUUGAUGUGUUCCAAGUGAAGUUUUGAUCUCUAUAAUUACAAUAAAUUAUGGAGUGAGUUUGUUUGUGCGUUGAAGAGUUAAAAGGAAAACAGCAGAAAUGAGGAACCCCAAAGGGAAAUUGGAAAUUUGUUGGUCAGCAGAAAUAAUAGCCAGCAACCUGGACCUCUUAACUGAAGUCCUUCUGUGGGCACCUGCAAAAUCUCUCCUGAAAUUCAAGUGCGUAUCAAAACGAUGGCACUCUUUGAUUUCUGACCCCAAAUUCUGCAUUAGCCACGCCCGCUGUCAACGGAUGCUAAACCGUACAGCCGAUGCUCUCAUGCUCAGCAAUGGCUAUAAAUCCACUCCUGAAUUCCAUCUUGUCCCUCUCAAACACUCCACUAAAGUCCCAUUCUUCGAUUAUUUUAAUGUUUCUGAGGUCACAAUAAGACAUUCUUGCAAUGGCUUGCUCCUUUGCUGUUGUAAAUUGAUGUUGGAUAAACCCAAAUUUGUAAAGACGACACAAAUGAAAAAUGAUGGUCGUUAUGAGUUCAGAUAUGUUGUUUGUAAUCCCACUACUAAGGAAUUCAAGGUACUCUCUCCUCCAAAACCUGCAUAUUUGUCGCUGAGCUUGGCGUUUGAUCCUUUGAUAUCACCUUACUACAAGGUUGUUUGUAUUUGCAAAGGGAAUUCAUUCAAUCAAAAUUUUCAAAUUGAUGUUUAUUCAUCAGAGACUGAAUCAUGGAGUCUACUUCCGAUCCUUUUCGAAAUGCCAUUGGGAAUGACUUAUUCUAAUGGAGUAUUUUUGGAUGGUUCUGUUCAUUGGUACAGUUAUGCAGAGACCUCACUGUAUUUUCACAUUGAUAGUCAGUCCGUUAAGAAAAUGCCGAUGCCUUUUAUGUUUUCAUGGGAAGGUAUGGAUUGGGAUGUUAUGUACUUUGGGGAGUCCCGAGGUCAUAUGCAUUUGGUACUGACCAAGAACCGUUCCUCUUUAGAAUUUGAUGUUUUCGAGAUGGAAUUCGAAUAUACAGGAUGGUCUUUAAGUUACCAUGUAAAUCUGCAAUCUAUGAGAAUGAUGUUUCCUGAACUAACAUGGAACUUCAUGAACAAGCAUGCUGUGUUUUCAGUAUUGAGUAUUAUUCAGGGAGAAAAGGAUGAGGAGAAGAAGGUUGUGAUAUUUGUGGACGGUAGAGCUAUGUCCUAUAAUCUUUGUGAUGGGACAUCAAUCAAGAUCUGUGAUUUAGAACCAAGACCUGGGCGUUCGGAUAUUGCUAGAGUACCAUGGCAUUAUGAAGGAUGUCAAGCCCAUCCAUACUUCCAGUCCCUCGUUUCUGUUUGAGCACAACACUUUUUGGCAGGAUGAGAUGUUUGCAGUGGGACUGCUUAGAAUUCAAUUAAAAACAUUGUCAAGGAAGAUUUAGGAUUUAAAGGUGUCAUUAUGGACAUUCAGAGAUCUUAAAGAAAAUGGCUUAUGAAGGAGAUUUCUAUCUAAAGCAGAGGAAUGAAACCAAGGAUAUUAAAGUCUGACCGAUUUAUUCAGCAAGAUGUUUUGUCAAUGAUAUGCUGCAAAUAGGGGUAAUGGAGUCUGAAGAAGGAUGUAGGGACAACAUGCCUUGGCAUGGAGUCAGAACUCUGAAAUACAUCAAUUGCCGCUGGCAAGCUUGAAUUAAAAUUUGUGCGGAAGUGUGCGUUUCCUUUUUGUAGCAACUGCUCUCCAAGUAAUUUCAUUUAUAAGUUAAGUGAUCCAGAAAUUAAUCCCACCAUCAUCACUCACUGCAUGAGACAACGAUAAUGAUUUUUGCCAGAGACAAAAGUUCUGCUAAUAAAAGUUCAAAGAAGUCUAUAAACCAAGGCACGGGUGGUAUUAGUAAUGGCGAGAUGAUGGUAAGGUGGGUGGAUAGUGGUGAAAAGAUGGAAGCCUGGAUAUAAGCAUCGAUUUCGUGCAUGGAAGUUGCUAGGUUGUGGUGCAGCACUAUCUUCAUUGGCCUCUCUUACUAUAUUGAGGAGUUUGAUUUUUAUUUUUAUUUUUUGGUGACAACAAAGAUUAUCCUAUCAAAUCAUUAAUCUUAAUCGACAUGUUUUCUGUUUU